CUACAAUUAUUAGCGAUCUUGUGAAUCCGCUCUUGACGUGAUUGCGGCUGAAUAAUGUCUGACAUUGAAGUGGACUCUUAAAACUGGGGCUCCAUCCAAAUUCACACCAGGAAGGCUUAGAUGCGUGGUGUUACUCGCACAGCAGAAGCUUCAGAAAAGACGGGAGAAGUGUGUCAUCUCUGCUUAUCGACUGAGGAAAGCAGGUCAGGCGGAUUCACAGCAAGUUUCUCACCAUGUGACAGGUGACAUAAAAUAAAGCUGACGAUGACCUGGAGAUGACCACGGUGUGUCAUCGGCCGGAGGGACUGGAUCAACUUCAGGCUCAGACCAACUUCAGCAAGAGAGAGCUGCAGGUGCUGUACAGAGGCUUCAAGAACGAGUGUCCCAGCGGCAUAGUAAAUGAAGACACAUUCAAACAGAUCUACUCGCAGUUCUUCCCACACGGAGAUGCAAGUCAGUAUGCUCACUACCUGUUUAAUGCAUUUGACACAGCACAUUCUGGAUCUAUAAUGUUUGAGGACUUUGUAACAGCCCUCUCCAUUCUGCUCAGAGGAACAAUCACUGAGAAGCUACAGUGGACAUUUAACCUUUAUGACAUAAAUAGAGAUGGUUACAUUAACAAAGAGGAAAUGACAGACAUUGUCAGGGCAAUAUAUGACAUGAUGGGCAAAUACACUUACCCUGUGCUCAAAACAGACACUCCCAAGCAGCAUGUGGAUGCCUUUUUUCAGAAAAUGGACAAAAACAGAGAUGGUGUCGUCACACUAGAUGAAUUCAUCUUAUCAUGUCAAGAGGAUGAAAACAUCAUGCGCUCGCUGCAGCUUUUUGAAAAUGUCAUCUAGCUGACCAACAAAAUCUGAAAAAGCAAAAAAACAAAGACAGAAGAGGAAAGGUCAAGAGGAGAAACAUGGAUUAUAAACCCAAAGGAAGAAUAUAUAUGGGAUUUGUGUCAUUUGGGUGUGACAGUUUGUGAAGACUGCAUGAAGACACGGGACCAGCCCCGGUUCAAACUCAGCCCUUUAUUUCAUACAGCCUCAAUGUGACUACUCGCCUCCUUCAGUGUGCACUUCAAUCCAAUGUGUAAAUACAAAAUCUCAAAUACAAAACUAAGGACCGUUCUUGUAAAUUAAAUAGAAUUUAAAGUAUUGGAAGCUUCUACUAAAUAUUAAAACAUAUUUAAAAAUAGGUUAAAGCACAAUAAACCAUUUCUAAGGACAUUUGUAUCAAUGUGACAAAAGUGAGCAAUAUGUUACGCAUGCACAACCGCGUCUUGUACAGUCUUUGUGUGCCAUGACAGAUUUUGUGGCAGUUCUCAUCUGGUUUAAUGGACUCCAGCUGGCUUAUGUCCAACUAUUCCUGUGUGUUUAGUGGUGUCGAUAAGUGUUACAUUCGACUGUAUAUAUUGUUAAUGUUAUUUGUGACAUGAACAUGCUGUGUAUACUUUCAUGUAUGUCUGUGGCCUGGUCUUCUGUCUGUCUUUCUGUCAUGUGGCUCUAUCAACCCUGUUUUCCAAAUUUCUUUGUGCAUGAGUGUGUGGUGUCCUGACAUUAUUGUUUGCCUAAAUCAUUCAAGUACAAAUCAAACCUUGAGAAAACACUUGUCAUAAAAUAUUUUGUUCAAUUAUUGACUCAGAAGGACCAACUGUUCACUGUGAGGAGAGCAAGUCAAAAAUUAUGUGAAGACCUUUUCACUGGUUUUGAAGGAGAGGAAGCCAUUUUUUCCUUAAGAGCCAUUGAUGCUUUCCUGAUUGAAUGAGACCUAAAAACAGAUUUCGUAAUAUUUACUGUCAUGCCCACUCACUGUGCUUUCAAAAUAUAACAGGU